UGUAGUCGACAAGAGUUUGUUUUACAGAGACUAACGACUUCGUUACGAAUGACAUCAAAGAUUUUGUCAACACUUUCAAAAAUGUGAUAUCCUACAUUUCAGCAGCAACUUAAACAGUGUUCCGUCAGCAAAGAUGGCAGAAGUUGUUGAUGGCGACGGAAGAGAACUUUCCUCUCUAUCAGAAAGGCAUGAACUUGAAAUCGACGACGAAACUGAUUCACCCCGCCGAUUAAAUGAUAGUUUGUCGCCCGAAUCGGGCAUUGAUCUCGAAAGCCGAGGAACUGAUUUGACGGGAAAGGAUGACGAAAAAACAGUUGUUUCUGACGAAGGACCAGAUUCUUCUGAAGCUGUAAAACCAAAUGAAAUGUUCAAAUUUAAUCUGACUGACCCAGAUGAAGUGCUGCGAAUGCUUGAAACAGUUGAUCUUUCUGAAGAAGAUACAGACGUGCUGCUUCAGGAGGCUUACAAUGUCAACAGAAAACUAAGAAUGAUGCUACAGAAAAAAGAAGACAAUAAAGAGCUUAAUCCUGCAGAAGCAUCUCUCGUUAAUGGGUCGUCAGUUAUUAUGGUCCCUGGCAAUUCUGUACAGUCCAGAGCAAGUUCUAAUACAAGGACAACUUCUAACAGCAGGGCAAAUUCCAAUACAAGAACAAUGCCUCCUCAAUGCAGAGUUGCCUCUGGUACUUCUUCGAGAGAAAAUUUAUUUGCUAAGAAUGCCCCACUUCCUCCAAUAAAUGAUAUGAAUCCUAACUCACUUCACCCGUCUGUUUCGAGUAAUGCAUCAAGCUCCAAUGUCUCCUCUUCGGUAUACAGUGCCAAGCUGCGUAGACCUGCACCACCUUCUGCCGGUACAACUCCAACCAGAAAUGCCUUAUCUUCCCAAGGUCCAGGUCGCAGGGUUGUACCUCGCCAAGGUCUUAUGGAUGAACUCUCUUUGCAAAGGAAUACAUUUCGCCAAACAAGAAACCAAAAAGUGCUAAGAAGAUCGAACAGGUUCCAAUAACAGAGCGUCCACCAUGGAACGACCGAUUCAGCCAGGAUUGAACGACAGAGCGUCCACUACCUUACAACCGAUUCAGCCAGGAUUGUAAGACAGAUAACCUACAAAAGUUUCCAAUGGACACACUGCUUUACAGUUUUAUAGCAUUCAGUUGAUGUGAUUAUUUAUUUCGAAUAGUCAUCCAUGAAUUCAAUCUUAGUAAUAAAUAUUUUUGUGAUGUUCUUUUGUUGAGCAGAAACUCGGUUCAGAUCAAGCUUUCUUCCAUUUCAUUUUCAAGAUAUUAAUAUGCAAGUGCACUAUUAUUUGGACAGUAUCUGAAAUUCCUUUGCACAAAUAUACUGGUGAGUUUAUACCUUGGUGGAACGACUGUCGUUUAUUGUUGUCCAUUAUUGAACACUGUUUUGUAGUUUGAAUCUUUGCAAUAUCAAUUUUUUAUUUCACAAGGAUUUGAGAUUUUUUAACCCGUUUUCACUAUUUUGUUAAUUCUGAUAUCUUUGCUUAAAACCAUGGAAAACUAAGUACACCUGGACCAUUCAAUGCAUAUAUAUAUUAUGUAUAUCAUUAAGAAACAAGAAAGUUAUUGCUUAAUUCAGAGAAUCAGUCACAACAGGCUGAAGGCAGGAUCUUAUUUCUUUAUUAGGUAGUUUGUCUACUGGUUUUGGUCACAUUAGUGACCUUAGUCAGGACAAACUUUUACAUAAACUUCCCCUAAAGCACUGAAAUUAAAUUGUGGGUAGAUUUCGUUUGUCAAUUACUGGAUACUAAGAAAGUUACUGAUAUUGGAUUCAUAAAAAAAUACCGGUAGAUGGAUGGUAUAAAAAAUUACAAUUAAGAUGUUUAAUGGCAAAUUUAUUUCAAUUUGUAAAUGGAUUUAGGUAAAUAAUGGGAAUGUCCUAAAAACUUGUUCUCAUAUAAUCAUCAGUCUUCAUCAUAAAACAUUAUCAACAUACAUAUCUGAUUCCAAAGAUAUUCCAUUUCAUAUUAUAUCUAGUCGUGGUAUCCUGCUUAAAUCCAUACUGACUAUAUGUCUAUUGUAUCUGGCCAUUUUUAAUUUUGUGUGUAAAUCACUGUCCUGAACUGUAUGUGCCUUUAAAUUAUAUAAAUAUAGUGGAACUUGGCAUUGUAUUGGGCCUUCCACUGUGUUAACUGAUAUUUGGAUUUAAUCUUUCUAUAAUAUACACUAUACUGUAUACAUGUUAUUGGGUAAGGAUCUGUCUGCUGUGUUAACAAAAAAACAAGGACUUGUGUUCACAUAUAAUCAAGUAUAUAUCACUAAAACUUUGAAGUUAAUCUUAAUAUUAUGUUUGUGUUCAAAAUGUAGAUAUGUGUAUUUAUAAUGUAUUUCAACACAAUGGCAUACUCAGCUAUCUCGAUUGAUGCUUUAAAGAUUUCUUUUGCCAUUUUCAUCAUUUAUUUAUGUAGCAGUAAUCCAAUGCCUGUUUCAGUUCAGUAAUAAUGCUAACAAGUACUUGUUGGGUCUCCCCCUAUUUUUAGACAAAGUCUUUGUGUUGGCGCCACCUAUAAGUUUAGUACAGGACAAAUAUUGUAACAUGUUGGUAUUUUUUUUCAUGUAUGACAUUUAAAGAUGUAUCAUUAGAAUAUAGACUUAUAGUACAUUAUUUGAUAGCUUUCACAUCAGUAAUAUGUACUAGAAAUUAAAUUUUACAUGUAUGAUAAAUUGAAAUAAAAUAUAGUACAUACUGUAAUAGUUUAUACUGUUUCCUGUGCCUUUAAUAUAAUAUGUAUUACAGAGAGUUGUAAUAAUCUAAAUAUGUAAUUUAUAUUAUAUAUAAUUAUAAAGUUGAUUACAUUGGUUAAAUUGGUUAUAUAAUACAACCAUCUUUAACUUCUAGCAUGAUCAGUUUAGUGGAAUGUUCCAGUUGGGUUGGAAGGAACCAUUUUUUCCGAUAAAUGGAACGAAACAAUUUGGUGGAACCUUCUCAUUUGAAGGUUCAAAGUUUCAUUUCCCUGUUUGAUUAUAUUGUUUUUAUAUAUUUGUAAACAGAAAUGGAACAACAUGGCCCAAUUAGAAUGUUCCAACUAAAAGAAUACAGUAUUAGAUAAUUCUAUCUGUAAAUGGCAUUUUCUGUGAUAAUUAGUAAUUUUAAUCCAAAGAGUUAUUUUGAUUGUUAUGUUUUAAUGAUGAAUUGUUGUUGUUGUUUUAUUGACUAUGUUAUUUUAUCAGCUCUGUACAUUGUAAUGUAUUUUUCAUAUGUCCAUCUUAACGAGACAAACGCGAUUUCCGUCCAUUAAAGAUAAUCGCUAUUUUUCCAUAGAAAAGUUUUAUAUGUAUACCUCAAAAUUGAAAAACCAUAAAAGAACUUCAUGACAAUUUGCUUAUGCAAUAAUACUCUUGUUCAUGAGUGGGUGUUAUUGUUAUUAUGCCUUUGGAGGUUUCAUUGGGGGGGGGGCUCAACAUGAGGGGAAAUGUUCUUAAGGACCCAAACACGACAUUACAGUACAUGUACAGUGUAUUUGGCAGCUUAAGAAUCUUACCCUUAUCCUGACAGUCCCAGAUCUGGCUUUUAUUGUGUUAAUGAACAAUUUGUAAAACAUAGAAAAUUUUAAAUAAAGUUUUGUAAAUAGUAGUUACUUCUUGACAGAUAGAUUUAAAAAAAAAAAAGCAAACACCGUUCACUGUUAAAACAGCUAGCUCUAUAAAUCUAGGCAAACUCUUGACCAUGUUUAUUGCGAUGUUAAACAUUGCUUAAAUACCUGUAUCUUCUCAGAUGUUUCUUCAAGACAAAAAAUCUGUUAAGGAGUUGUCAAAAAUGUGAAACUAUGAAAAUAGUAAACUCAUGUAUCUACCUAUUCCUACCAAAACAACUUAUUGAUAUUAUAUACUGUAUAACCAUGCAUGUCUAAAAAAUACCCAAACACAAAGUCUACUAUUGCAUAGAUUAGUUGUUUCUUAAAUGUUGCCAGUGUAACCAAAUCUCUCAGUUAAAUGUGAGAGUAAAAAUCUCUCGGUUAAAUGUGAGAGAAAAAUGUUAAAUGAUUUUAGUUAGAUUUAUAUCUUACAGUACAUUUUGUGAUAACUCUAGAUCUAAUAGUCACCUCUGAUAGAAGCUUUGUAGAUCUGGAAAAAUUGGUUACUACAUUUUUUUAUGUAAAUUAUCUCCCUGAAGUAUAUAUAUUUAUAUAUGACAUACAUCAUAUAUCUGCCAUGUAUUAGGAACACGAGAUCAGUUGAUCCAGAAUUUAAUAUUUUUGAGAAGACAACUUGCCAUAUUGAGCUGUAUGUAUUUACACAUGUGUGUUGUGGUGUGUCAAGGCACAAGUGUUCAUGAAGAGGAAAUCUAUAAUAAAAUAGCACUCAAAUUUG